UUCCGCGCGCGGCACCGGUCGAUCGGUUCAUCGAUUGUCGCGUGUUAAAGACGCCGUUCCAGGGUACACCGUUUUCAGGACUCGCCGAGUGGAAUCGAGUGGAAUUCUAGCGACCGGAAGCGACAGGUUGUCGGUCUCGGUGUCCGAGGCGCGCAGCCGCGACUCCUCCGUUCGUUUGUUUUCGUUUCGACUUUCGGACGUACCGGCCACCACGUAUCUCCCCAAGAUUCGUUCUCGCGUCGUCGAGUGCCUUUGCGCGACGUUCGCGAUCCUGUCACCCGCAGCGUUCACCCACGUCACCUACGACAUGGCUUCGUACGGGCGGUAUUGUGGCAGGAACAAUCAAGAGCUCGUGCAACAUCUGCGGCGAUCCAGGGUGAUCAAAUCUGACAGAGUAUUUGACGUAAUGAGUUCUGUAGACAGAGGAAAAUACACUCAUCCCAUUAAUGCCUAUAUAGACGCACCACAAGGAAUCGGUUAUGGUGUUACCAUCAGCGCUCCUCACAUGCACGCGUAUGCCCUGGAAUUACUUGAAGAAAAGCUGCGUAACGGUACAAGAGCACUAGAUGUUGGUUCUGGAUCUGGAUACUUGACAGCAUGCAUGGCUCUUAUGAUGGGACCACAGGGACUGGCCGUUGGAAUCGAUCAUAUUCCAGAGCUUCAAGCAAUGGCAGAAGAGAAUAUUCGACACGAUCACCCAGAACUUUUGACAGAUGGACGCGUAGAAUUAGUUGUUGGUGAUGGAAGAUUGGGAUAUCCAAGUCGUGGACCAUACGAUGCAAUUCAUGUGGGAGCAGCCGCCAAAGAAAUGCCACAACCGUUAAUAGAUCAAUUGGCACCUGGUGGACGUUUAAUAGUACCCAUGGGUCCAGAAAAUUCAGAUCAAACUUUAGUGCAAAUCGACAAGACUGUGGAUGGCAAAAUUAAGCAGCGAUCUCUUAUAAGUGUGGUGUUUGUUCCUCUCACCGACAAGGAACGACAAUAUCGUCGAUCAUGAGGCACGUGCUUGCUCCAAUAAGUGAGCGCCAUUUUAUUUAUGUUCGUGGUUACGUUUGUUAUUUUGCUAUUUUAGAAUCUCAUGCGAAACAGCUUUAUUCAUGUAAAAAAAUAUCUAUAUAAAAUUAUUUAAAUUGUAUGACAGUUUGUAAGCACUAUACUGACAUAUAUUUGCACAGCAAAAUUGUUAUAAAUUAUUUUAAUUAGU